UCUCUAAAAUCUGAGAUGUACUACAAAGAAAACACAGUACAGAAGAAAUCUCUCUCUCUCUCUCUCUCCUCCAUGCAAAUUAAAGUUCCCAUAUAGUGAAAUCUCUGAGAAAAAAUGAGAGCAGAAUUGAGAGGGAAUAAUAAUGGGAGGAGUUGUAUUUCUGUGCACAAUUCAACGCUGUUGAACACGGCUCAUGGUUCACUAUCUGGUGCGCUAAAGGGGUGCCUUGGGAGCCUAGACGGCGGCUGCAUAGAGAAGCUUCUGGUUCACUGCGGCGGCGCCUUGGAGAGUCAUGAUGUGACUCUGGCUCAGCAGGUUAUGUGGGUUCUCAAUAACGUCGCCUCCCCUGUUGGGGACCCUAACCAGCGCCUAACUUGCUGGUUCUUGAGGGCUUUGAUUUCUAGGGUAUCUAGGGUUUGCCCCACCCCCAUGAAUUUUAAUGGAAGUAGUGCUCUCGAGAGGAGGUUGAUGUCUCUCACCGAGCUUACCAGAUAUGUGGAUCUGAUUCCAUGGCACAGGUUUGGAUUCUGUGCAGCAAAUACUGCGAUUUACAAGGCAAUUGAGAGGUACCCAAAAGUUCACAUAUUAGAUUUCAGCAUCUCCCAUUGUAUGCAAUGGCCAACUCUAAUUGAUGCCUUAUCCAAAAGGCCACAAGGCCCUCCUUCCCUUCGCAUCACAGUCCCAUCUUUCAGGCCACAAGUUCCCCCUCUACUCGACCUCCCCACACAAGAAAUUGGCCUUCGUUUAGCCAAAUUCGCCCAUUCCAAGAACAUCCCAUUUCAAUUCAAUGUCAUGGACCACAUUUCCCCAAACAAACCCAUCUCCAUUGACCCCUCUAGUUUAAAUCUCCAACAGGACGAGGCCCUGGUCAUAAAUUGCCAACAUUGGCUAAGAUAUCUAUCGAAUGAACCACACGAGAAUAAGAAUGAUAAUAAUAACUCUUGUUCUCCACGAGACGAUUUCAUUAGUGCCACCAAAUGCCUCAACCCGCAAAUCGUGGUGGUCGUCGACGAAGAUGCCGAUACGAGUUCCCCGAGUCUUACCUCGAGAAUUACGGCGUCUUUCAAUUAUUUAUGGAUACCGUUCGACGCGCUCGAAACUUUUUUGCUGAAAGAUAGCAUGCAGAGGCUCGAGUACGAGGCCGACAUUGGGCAGAGAAUCGAAAACAUCAUUGGCUUCGAAGGGUGCCAAAGAAUGGAGAGAUCGGAGAGUUGCGGAAAAGUUUCGGAGAGAAUGAGGAAUGGUGGAUACUUGAGUGCAUCAUUUUGUGAAGAGGCGACUGCGGAGGUGAAGGCAUUGUUGGCCGAGCAAGCCAACGGGUGGGGGAUGAAAAGAGAGGGAGAUGCAUUGGUGCUGACAUGGAAGGGCCACAAUUCGGUGUUUGUCACGGCUUGGAUCACCAAUAAAAGAACAAAUACUUGCCUAGAUAUCAGUCAGUAAUAAUUCUCACCGACUUUCUAACCCAACGCGUAUGUUUAUUAUAUUUAAUAGAUAAGUAGAUCCCACUAAAACUCGUGAGCCAAUAAAAAUAUACGAAAGAGCAUGAAGAAGAUGAAACGAAUGUGGUUUAAAUUGAUGGAGAAUUAGAUUUUGGUUGGGUCUACUUUUGGUUGUCCAUGUGAUCUAAAUAGGAAAUCUCUAAGAACAAGUGUGUUUUCUUUGUCUUAAA